CAGGGGGUUUGAGGUGUACUUCCGGUGUAAAUGUGUCGUCGCUAGCACCGCAGCUACUGUUUGUUCCAGCGGUUCUUUGUGGAAAUAGAGAAGUAACGACCGACAUCACAGUUCAGACAUGGAUAUACUGAAAGCUGAAAUCGCAAGGAAGAGGAAACUCCUCGAAGAAAACCAGCUCGUUGACGACUCCAAAAGGUACUUCAAGAGGUCGGAUCUUGCUCGGAAGGAACAAGAAGAUUACUUCAAAAGAUGUGGAUAUAAGGUUCAGAGAGAGACUCCCGAGAGCCAGAUUGAUAAGGAUAAGGAGGAAGAUGAGCCAUCCAGCCCAGCAACCCCAGUUUUAGAAAUGGAGCUAACAGAAGAGAAGCUGCCGAUGACACUGUCACGACAGGAGGUAAUUCGCCGGCUCAGAGAAAGAGGUGAACCAAUUCGAAUGUUUGCAGAGUCUGACUACGAUGCCUUCCAGAGACUCAGGAAGAUUGAGAUUCUGACCCCAGAAGUGAACAAGGGCUUGAGGAACGAUUUGAAAGCAGCCAUGGACAAGAUCGACCUGCAGUACCUGAAUGAGGUUGUUGGAGGGACAGAGGCAGGAGAAGUGGACACACAGCAUGACCUGAAAGUACAUGAGGAAAACACCACUAUAGAAGAACUGGAGGCUCUUGGUAAGACUCUGGGAACCGGAGACGAUCUUGGAGACCAGGAACUUAUUGACAAGUUUUUGAGGUUUCUUCUUGGAGUUUGGGCCAAGGAUCUGAACAAACGAGAAGACCACGUGAAGCGCAGUGUUCAGGGCAAGCUGGCCAGUGCAACCCACUCACAGACGGAGUCUUAUCUCAAGCCUCUCUUCAGGAAACUCAGGAAGAAGAAUUUACCCGCUGACAUCAAAGAGUCAAUCACAGACAUCAUUAAAUUCAUGUUGGAGCGAGAAUACGUCAAGGCAAAUGAUGCCUAUCUGCAGAUGGCCAUCGGAAAUGCGCCCUGGCCUAUUGGUGUGACCAUGGUGGGUAUCCACGCCCGUACUGGACGAGAAAAGAUUUUCUCCAAGCACGUGGCGCACGUUCUCAACGAUGAGACGCAAAGAAAAUACAUUCAGGGACUGAAGAGGCUGAUGACCAUCUGCCAGAAACACUUCACCACUGUUCCAUCAAAGUGUGUAGAGUACAAUGCUCUUUAACUUGUACGAAGCACGUCUGUAACAGGUCUAUUGUAUCACUGUCCGAAGUGGUAAUUUUUCACUGCAGCUCAGUUAGGGGUUCUGGCCUGAUUGAAGUGUUGUUGAGGCAGAACCUUGUAUAUCAGAGGCUUUCAAGUGCAUAUGCAUUUCACAGGAAAAGUGUGUAAUUUAAAUAGAACUGUAAUAUACAGUCAUAAAGAUUCAGACUCCUUUUCCAGUAGUUCACUUGAAGAACUUGUCAGAUUACAUGGAAAAGAUUUAACACCCCUGGACUCUAUUUAGAUUUGUCCUCGUGAACUACUGGAAAAGCUGGUGUACAUGUCAUGCCAAUGAAGUCAUCAGUCCUCCUGGGAACAUGUAUGUUUAUGUCUGAGGAGCCGGAACCAUUUCUGAAGAACUAUUAAAAUGUAAAGGGGUUAAUUUUAUUUACUGCUCUUGCUUUCGGCUUUAACAUGAUAAUACUUUUACUACAGAUUUUUCAAAGGUUUGUUUUCAUGAUGUUGUAAAAGUGAAGUGUCAUUUGCCAGGGUAGCUCCUGUAGUGCAAGUUUUAUAACACCUGAGAUAGUACAGUUCUUAACACUUAGUUGUCAUGCUAUCUCCACUGCAGUCAAUUCUAUGUGCGUGUUUGAGUUGUCAUGUUUUCAGCUGAUAAUGAAACCUAUCCAUGUGUGUCUAUACAAUCUCUGUGAGAAAAUAAAGUCUUGUCAAAUACCA